AUGCACGAAAUUUUGACAUUACAAUUUGGACACUUUACAAAUUUUAUAGGAACUCAUUUUUGGAAUACACAGGAUUCUUAUUUUUCAUAUGAUUUGGAAAAUACUCAUGAACCAGGAAUUUUACACGAUGUACUUUACAGAUCAGGAAUUACUCAAAAGGGAACUGAAACUUAUAUGCCAAGACUAUUGGUUUAUGAUUUAAAAGGUGGAUUUGGAUCAAUCAGAAAAAUGAAUAAACUUUAUGAGGAGGGUCUUUCAGAUAAUAAAGAAGAAAUACAACAAAAUCAAAUUUGGGAUUGGAAAAAUGUAACUUAUAAACAAACACCAUAUGCAAAAAAUGAAUAUUUACAAAGUUUAGAAAUUGAAGAGGAGGCAAUAAUAAAUUCUACAAAAGAUCCAAAUAUGAUGGAAAUUGAUUUUGAAGAAAAGUAUUUUGAUUUGGAUGAAAGUGUUAAGAUGUGGUCAGAUUUUAAUAAAAUUUAUUAUCACCCUAAAAGCAUAAAUCGAGUCACACAAUAUCAAUAUGAUGAUGAAUUCAUGCCAUUUGAUGUUUUUUCUUUUGGCAAAAAUGCUUAUUUAGAUCACCAAAAGGAAGAUGAGAAUUCAUUUGAUGAAAAUUUCAGAUUUUUUGCUGAAGAAUGUGAUUUAAUUCAAGGAUUUCAAAUAAUCACAAAUAUUAAUGAUGGAUUUGGUGGAUUUUCUUGUGGUUUUGUUGAACAAUUGAUUGAAGAAUAUCCAAAGAAAUCUGUUUUAACUUUUGGGAUCAAUGAAACUUCAAUAAAAAGCUCAAAUCAUAGUCAUUAUAUUAAAAAUAAUUUGAAUACGAUUUUAAGUUUAAUACAAUUGACAGACAUGUCAUCAAUGUUUAUUCCUAUGAAUGAACCUUCUAAUAAUAUAUUAAAUAAUAAUAAAAUGAAUUGGCUUAGAAAUACUAAAAUAGGAAGUCUUGGUGCUAUAUUUCCUUUACCUAUUAGUGUUUUUGGUGACAUAAAUACAAAAUCAUUAUUACCUAACAACAAUAUUAUGCACAAUUUUUUUGAAGGUCAAGUUAAGAAAAAGGAUAAUAUGUCAAAGUUAUACUCACAAUCAAUUAUACUAAGAGGAAUACCUGAGAUAUUUCAUACAGAAUCCAACAAACCUAAAUUAUUUUCUAAUGAUAUAAUCAAUGAAAUAUUUCAAAGUUUCGAAUCAAUCAAAUGUCCAAGUAAUUUCAAAUUUUCAACAAGCAUUGCCUAUCCAAUACCAAAUUCAUUUCCCAAGUAUUUUAAUAAUAAUCAUUUAACAAUUGACGGAUUUAUUGACUCUACAAAAAAUCCAAAUUUAAUUGUAAAUCAAAAACCUUCCACUACAAAUGAGAAUAAACCAACUGUUAAAGAGAUUCCAAUGUUAACUCACUUUACAAUUUCUAACAAACCAAAGUUAUUUCUUGAUCAAUAUAAAGAGUUUUUAAAUAAACUUGAUUUUAAAAAUUUAAAAGAAUAUCAAGAAGGUGAUAAAGGAAUUGAUUUUGAUGAAUUUUUGGAGAUAAAAGAAUCAUUGUGUAGUCUGUCUGAAAUAUAUGAUCAAGAGUAA